UAAAAAUAAGCUACGUUAUUAGCUAGAUUAUAUUAAUUUUUAUGCAAAUACGACAGAAUGGGACAUGACGUAAGGAUAUGCAGUCAAAUUAAAAUUCUAUUUACUAUAGUUUCAUAGCACGAAGAGAUAAACAUAAUAUUUAACAAAUAUUCUAUCGAAAUGCGUACUAACGGUCCAUUUCAGUCAGAUGCUAAACUAUAGCGUUAGGGGUUACAAAAAUCUGCAAGUUCUUUUCAGGUCUAGAGAUGGAUCAAAGCUGGAAAAUGUAAAUUAUUAGGCUCGCUAAAGAAUGAAAUUUUAGUUUGCAGUCGGGAACUAUGAGUAGCUUGCUCUAUCAUUAGCAAUAACUGGAUUGGGGUAAAUUUUAUGUCUGUCUGUAGCAAGGGAUCUUAAGCCUAUGUAUGGACACUUGCUUCCCUGAUAAUAGCCAUGCAUCGUCAGCCUUUACUAACAUUGUCUCCAUCUGCCCAAACCUGUUUUACGGAAUCUCUAGUGCCUUCUGAAAAUGUCUGGAAAAGCACACCCAAAUUGUCAAGAAAAGAAAGUUUAGACUCUGUAGCUCGAUUCUUGCUGAAUGACUUCUCUGAAUUUGAAACUAAGGAGCAGUUUGUAGGCAAAAGACAUUUAGAGCCCUUGAAGGGAAAUGAAAUGUUCGAGAGAGAAACCACUAUUUCAAUUCAUGUAUCGCCAAGUAGCCCACCUAUACAAGAACAGAGCAGAUCAAAUUUGGAGAGGUCUGCUAAUAGAAAUGAGGACUGGUACCUUAGCGUUUCACAAUUUCCGUUUUCUCCCAAACUUGCCAGUGGUCGUUCUCCAGUUCAUUUGACACCAACUUACAAGCAUCCAACACCAACAAAAAGUCCUUUAUAUACUCCCAAUCGCAAAAGCAUCUUUCUUGGACGAGGUUCGUUUGGGAAUGUAACUCUAUGCGAAUAUAAAGGAAUUAAAUUUGCCUUGAAGAUUGUCCAAGCUAAUUCUUCGGUAGGCGAAGCUAAUUUGCUAGGAAUCCGCCAUCCUCAUCUUGUAGAAAUUCUUCAUAUCUCAAAAGCAUUGAAUAGGGUCUUUAUCUGCAUGGAGUUUGCUGGACAUUGCAACCUGCAACAAAUUUUAAAUAGUAAAAGUGAGCUUGAUUCUCCCAGAAGGCUUAGUUUCUGCUUACAAAUUGUAUCUGGUCUCCAAUAUUGCCAUAAACAUGCCAUAGUUCAUGGGGAUAUCAAGCCUGCCAACGUUAUCGUGAGUCCGCAUGGAAUCUGCAAACUGGGAGAUUUCGGUCACAGUAUUCGCAAUGCUGAAGAGAUUAAGCUCUUGUCUCACGAUGAUGAGUUCAUCGGUACUGCCGCCUAUGCUGCGCCGGAAGUUCUGAAGGGAAACUCACCGACCCCGUUGUCUGACAUUUAUUCCUUCGGCAUUCUUCUAUGGCAAGUGCAAACUCGAGAAGUACCAUUCGGUGGAGAGCAUCCUCAUGUCAUCAUUUACAAGGUGGUCCAUUAUACUGCAAGACCAAUAUUCAAAGAAUCUCGAAAUCCUUGCAUUCGUCAAUAUGUCUCAUUAGCUCAAAGGUGUUGGGAUGACAGCCCAAGUAAUCGGCCUAACUCUUCAGAAGUUUACAAAAUUUUGAAAGAAAUUAUUCAUAUAAUGAAGGAUCUAAACAAAUAAUUACCAAAAGCAUUCAGUUUCAUUGACUUUUGAAAACUGUUUUUAUUUUAUGACAUUUUUGUGACUGAUAUCGUAAUUAAAAAUUUUACUUUCUUAUAGU